GCCACUAUGUUCCAAGCCACUGGCUCGGCUUCCGGUUCAUCCGGCUUCGUUAAUAUCACUAAUGUAAAAGGAGGAAAAGUCGUUUUUAGCCCCGCCGAUUACGACGGCCCUCCUCCCGCCAAAUUUGUUAAAUCCGUAGAGGAGAUUCCUUAUAACAUCUCCGUUAUCCAAAUAAGUACGAUUUUGCCCUCAGCCGAAGCUGAAGCUCCGACUCCAGGACCAAGUCAUAUGAAUCUCACUUCACUAAUGUCUGCUCACGGCUGCAAAGUUUUUGCCGAGACGCUUUUAGCUUCUCCUGCUGAAAAGACUUUUGAGGACAAUGUUGAUGGCGGAUUAACGAUAUUUUGCCCUGGAGAUGACGCAAUGAAGAAUUUUUUACCUAAGUUUAAGAAUUUAACCGCGGAAGGGAAGCAGUCACUGCUCGAGUAUCACGGAGUUCCUAUUUAUCAAUCGAUAUCGAGUUUGAAAUCUAAUAACGGCGUUAUGAACACGUUAGCUACAGACGGCGCUAAGAAGUACGAUUUUACCGUUCAAAAUAACGGCGAAGAUGUUACACUGAAGACGAAGGUUGUGACUGCGAAGAUCACGGGGACUUUGGUUGAUGAACAGCCGCUGGCGAUAUUUUCGCUUGAUAAGGUGUUGUUGCCAAAGGAAUUGUUCAAGGCUGCUCCUACUCCGGCGCCGGCGCCGGCACCGGAGGCCGACGCUGAAUCUCCUAAGCACUCUAAGGAUAAACACAAGUCGCCACCGGCACCUGAGUCUUCCGCUGAUUCACCGGCGGAUUCUCCGGCGGAUGGUCCUAGUGAUGAUUCUGCCGAUUCAACCGCGGAUGAUAACGGUGCUGUUAGGUACAACGCUGGAGCAUCGCUUACCGCCGUUUUUAGUAUAUGGUUUGCCUUCGAAUUAUUGAUGGGCUCUUAAUUGUGAAAUAAGUGGAUUUGUAACGGUAUUAGUGUAAGUUUCUAUACUGUCUAACAGACUUUAUGGUGCUUUUGCUUAUUUUUUAUUUUACUUUUUUGCUUUUGUACCAUUUUCUUCUUUGUUAGUGUGUCUUUGAUUAUCUCUGUUAAGUGUUAAGUUGAUUCAGAGAUGGAAUUGAUUCUGUAAUACGAGUCUUUGUUUGCGUGUUAACCAUUACUUAUGAAUUUAUGAUAAGCUUUUCAUAUAA